UGUCACUAAUGUCAGCUGAGCUCCCAAAUCAGAUAACUAAAUGGUAGAAUGGUAGAGUUCUUUUAAAUUGAAUAAACCUGCUAAUAAUUACAAGAGUCAACGUGAUUGUGGAAAGUUUGAUCAAUUUAUUUUCACCUGUUACUAAUUCAUACUGUUUUGAAGUUCAAAAUGUUACAUUUACGACGGAUCGCCGGACUCGGGACCAGCUGAAGACCUGGGUAUUUAGAACGAACAAUGUUGAAGACUGGGACUUUGCUUGAUAAUGUUAUCAAAGUGACAUAAUCACAACCCACCAUAGUUCCAUUCUAGCAGAUAAUAGUCGCUUUGUCACAAUGAUGACACCUGAGGAGUCGGAAUCGUUAAGCAUCAUGCCUUCGGACACCCACCUCGACGAUGCCACAGCAUCAGGAACCGAAGAAGCCCCAUCAUCGAUGGUGUCAAGUGAGACGGAGUCGGACGGCAGUAUUCUGUCGGAAACCCCGCGUCAUGACAUGCCAGACGGUGCACUAACUUACAGCGGCGACGCUAGCGAUCUGGCAAUCGGCCCCUUUGAUAAGCCAUUGGCUGACGUGCGAGCUGUGGGUAGCACUCUGGCGUCCCUGGUGUCAACGAGAGGCUCAAUGUUGCCCUGGGGCCCAAACAAAGGCGCCAUAAUGCCGACGGCGGACUCGGACUUGCGGCCGGGGGAGUUCGUCAUGCGGCUGCUCUUCACAGAGUUCACCGUGCAGGCCGAGAGGAAGAUGGAGGCCGUCAUGGCGGAACCACUGGAGAAGCCGUUAAACAAGACGCUUCAGAGAGGAGAGGACCCUCAACUCGAUCAGAUCCUCUCCGCGUUCGGCACAGUCGCGGAGCAUUGCCUGCCGUCUCUGCUGCGAGCGUUGUUCGGUUGGCUGGAGCGGCAGAUGGCUGAGUCGCCGCAGCUCAGCGAGCAAGCCAAAAAGCCGCACCAGGAUCUGAGGAACAAGAGUAUAAUCUACAUAGUGUCAGGCAGCGGUGCCGGCACAGAGCAAGUAGAGCGCAGCUGCGAAGAGUUGCAAGCCGAGAGGCGCGACCUGGCCGUGGAGUUCCUCUUCUGCCUCGCGCUCAUCGAGGUGCUGAGGCAGCUGCCGUUCCAUCCGGGCCACGAGGACCUCGUGCAGUACAUCGAAAAUGUUGCCUUCAAAAGGUUCAACUAUAAAGACGGGUUACAAUCCAAUCCUAAUGCUGCCAACGUACAUAUCAUAGCGGAUUUGUACGCAGAGGUCAUCGGCGUGCUCGCGCAGUCGCGGUUCGCAUCCGUGCGGAAACGAUUUACUGCAGAACUUAAGGAGUUGAAAAGCCGUGAGCCGUCGCCGCAUACAACGCAGAGUAUCAUCUCAUUGCUGAUGGGCAUGAAGUUCUUCCGCGUAAAGAUGGUGCCUAUUGAGGAGUUCGAAGCCUCCUUCCAGUUCCUGCAGGAGUGUGCUCAGUAUUUCCUCGAGGUCAAGGACAAGGACAUCCGACACGCGUUAGCGGGACUAUUCGUGGAGAUACUUGUCCCCGUCGCCGCGACUGUCAAGAAUGAGGUGAACGUACCUUGCCUGAAGAACUUCGUGGAGAUGCUAUACAGCCACACCCUGGACACGAGUACCAAGUCCAAGCACCGGCUGGCUCUGUUCCCCCUCGUAACUUGCCUCCUUUGCGUGUCCCAAAAGCAGUUCUUCCUCGCCAACUGGCACUGCUUCCUGGCUAUGUGUCUGUCGCAUCUCAAGAACAGAGACCCUAAGAUGUGCAGAGUUGCACUGGAAUCGCUGUAUCGCCUCUUGUGGGUGUACAUGAUACGAAUCAAAUGCGAGAGCAACUCAGCGACGCAGUCUCGCCUUCAAAGCAUCGUCAACUCUUUGUUCCCCAAGGGCUCCAAAGGAGUAGUUCCGCGAGACACCCCACUGAAUAUAUUCGUCAAAAUCAUACAAUUUAUUGCUCAAGAAAGGCUCGAUUUCGCUAUGAGAGAAAUUGUAUUCGACCUCCUCAUGGUUGGGAGGCAGAUAAAAAUAAUUUUGACGCCCGAAAGGAUGUCGAUCGGUCUCCGAGCGUUUCUAGUGGUAGCUGAUAGUUUACAGCAAAAGGAAGGAGAGCCACCGAUGCCUCGGACAUCCGGAACACUGCCUUCAGGAAACACGCUGAGAGUGAAAAAGACUUUCCUAAACAAAAUGUUAACGGACGAAACGGCUAGAUCGAUCGGCAUGAGUGCCUACUUUCCGUACGUGAGAAGGGUUUUAGUAGAAAUUCUCAGGGCGUUGGAUGCGCACUACGGCAGGCCACUGAUGUUGACCAACACGCAGAACGUUACCAAGGAACAAGAGAUCAAUACGGGAGAAAGGAAACCACGGAUCGAUUUGUUCAGGACAUGUGUUGCGGCUAUCCCAAGGUUGAUACCAGAAGGAAUGAGUCCAAGUGAGCUGGUGGACCUACUGUGCCGCCUCACCGUACAUAUGGACGAGGAGUUGCGCGGCCUCUCGUUCCAGAGUCUGCAGACACUGAUAGUGGACUUUCCGGAGUGGAGACAAGAUGUGCUGGCCGGGUUUACACAGUUCUUGGCCAAAGAAGUUCAGGACACGUCGCCUCAACUGGUGGAGAACGGUCUCCGCAUGCUGCUGCAGCUGGUAACCAGCUGGAAGAAUGGCGAGCCCAGCGCGAUAGCGCUGCCCAAGCCGGAGCCGCUGGCAUCCGUCAUCCGCGGCACUGAGGCGCUAGCGCUCGUGAUGUUGUGCCAGUGCAAGGCCUAUCCGCGCCGACUCGCCGUCCAUAUACUCAGGGAGACAAAAUACCUCUUGGAGAGGUUGCAGCUGACUCGCGACGAGCCGGCGCUGAUAGACUCGGCAGAUCAGCACGUGCCGCACUUCACUGAGAAGUGUCUGCCCAUCCUGCCGCCCACUGAGAAGCAGGCCGUGCUGGCCGCCGCCCAGCCCGACCUCGUGUGGGUGGGCGAGAGGAGCCACGCUGUUUGGACUGCCGGCCUUCAGCACGAUGAAACGUCUUCAAAGAACAGCUGGAGUGGCAGCGCCACCAACGGCGCAGACCCUUGGGAGGUGGUGCUGUUUGGUCUCCUCGAGAGGAAUCGCGUGCCGGCGCAAUGCCCGGCCACCGUGCUCCAGGCGUGGCCAAUUCUACACGCCCGCAUACACGCCCUCUACACUAUCAUAGAGCCUGCGCCCGUGAAUGACAACCGAGCAUCGCUACUCUCACGCAGUCCCGCACUACCGAGAAAGCCUGAGAAAGAGAGAGAUGGGUAUAUGCAAGUAUGGAAGUAUUACAUGACUAUGGCAUACUUGGUCGUGCCGGCCGUGCCUAGUCCCAUCGUCCGAUGUGCCAGCCCCGAUUUGAGUUUAAGUGCGGGCGCGAGCGCGGGCGCGGGUGCGGGCGCGGGCGAGGGCGAGCGGGAGCGCGAGCGCGACAGGGAAGGCUGGGCGCUCAGCACCUCCAGCGAGAGCCUCAACACGCCCGGGGGCUUCUUCACGCUGCCCCUGAGCUAUGCGCGCUCGCACAAGCACCACAAGCGGACGAGCUCGUCUCCGGACUCGCUGAGUGAGCGAAGCGGGGGAGAGGCGCGCGGCGCGGUGGCGGCGCCCGGCUCGCUGCACAAGCUCGCCGUGCCGCUCGCGCGCUGCGAAGUGCCUGAAGUGAGAGAUGCGGCCGUUGCUGCUUGCGGACAUAUCAACCCAGACGCGCUCAAGGAUCUCUUUGAAGAAUUAGUGCCAUUGCUCCGUGAAGCCGUGGACCGAAAACAGGAGAACAUGCGGCGCCGGCGACGUCGCGACGCGCUGCGGCUGCAUCUCAACAAAAUGUUGCUCCUCAUCGCACAGAGGAAGACCUUCGCCACCAGUUCGUAUGCCCUGGAAAGCGGUGGGCUUCACUCCAGCAUCACCGAGUAUUUGGAUGGCGUGCGACAAUGUCUGGAGGUGGAGGGCGAGAAGGACGCGCCCGCGGCUCGCGAGCAACGGCUCACGUUCGCGGACUUCGUCACCGAGCUCAUCAAGAGCUUCCCCCUGGAAAUGUACGGGUCACUCCUAAAGCGGGAGCUGUGCAAGAGCCUGUUCGGCCUGUUCGCGGGCUGGUGCGGGCCGCUGGGCAAGCACCUCGGCACUCUGGUACCGCAGCCGCAGGCGCCUGAAAUUGACGACCGGCUCAACCUUGCUGCGCUCAAGGCGAUGAGUGCGCUGGUGUGCUGCGGGCCUUGCUUCGCGCCGGCUGCGCUCGCUGAGGACGGCUCGCUGUACCCGUGGCUCAGCGAGAUGCUCUGCUCCACCAACGAUAAGAUAUACGAGUUGGCUCGCGAGACGAUAGUGCUACUGCUGGACUGCAACCCGGACAUCGGUCCGUUGCUGGACUGGACGGUGGACAAGUGCUUCACGGGGCCGGAGCGCGUAGCGGACGGCUGCUUCAUGGCCCUCGCUACCAUAUUUAGUGCCAGGGAGUACCCGUGCGACCACUACACGGCCAUCAUCAACGUGACGCUGAUGUGCACGGGCUGCCCGCGCGCGCCGGUGCACGAAAGCGCGCUGCAGCUUCUACAACUGCUGGAUAAGCGCUUUUUCGGCAGCGUGGGACCCUUGCCUAAUGAAGACGACUCCAGCUCGGAAAAAGGUCGCGGCACACUGGACGUCUUGCUAUGCACCACCUACUGCCGCUCGCAGCUGUACCUCUCUCGACAGCUCUCACAGCUGCACCCGGAACUCACAAUGCCAAUGUUUUCUGAGAUCACGGCGCGCUUCCAAACGGCACGCACAGAGGUGCGGCAGCUGCUGCUGCAGUACUUGCUGCCGUGGCUUGUCAACAUCGAGCUGGUGGACCCCAAUGUGCCGCCGGCAAACCCUCUCUCCUACAUACAGUACUACGCAGCAGAAGCGGGGCGCGCCGGACGACGUGAGGGCCUGGGCUCGGUGGAAGCCACGGAAAUGGUGCUCAAUAACCUUUUCUACAUCACCGUCAAGUUCUCGGACAAGCACCCAAAGGAAAUUGAGGAGCUAUGGUCGACGCUGUGCGCCUGCUGGCCCAACAACCUCAAAGUUAUCAUCCGCUACCUUAUCAUCGUCUCUGGAAUGGCGCCCAAUGAACUGCUGCCAUACGCAAAACGCGUGGUACUCUACCUCGCGCGGUCCAGACCCGAGCGUCUUCUCGACGAGAUGAUGACGGAGCUGCAGACGGUGGAGACGUUGAACUGCCUCAUCGAGCGGACUGAGACCCCGCCGUUCUAUCGGCUGACCUCCAUGCGUAAGGCCACAUCUGGCCACAGUGACGGGCCGGGUACUGGAUCCCAGGAUGCGACCGGACGAACUGGGGAGCUGGCGCCAGUGGAGAAAGGCACCAUCCACACAAAACGACAUAGCGGAGAAGACCCAGCGAAGGCGUCCAGCGCUAAGACAGACAUUCCGUCGCGCGCGCAAGACAAGCGGGCAUCUGCGCCGCCGUGCCCGACCCCACCCGCUGAAGACGAGCCUCUACCGCCCUCUGACGGUGAUGCGACACCUACGGGUAUGUGCAGUGAGUCAGUCGGUGGCACUGCGCCUGGUACACCACAAGAGGCACGCGUGGACGUGCCGCAGCCGCGACCUCUACCCAUGCCGGAGUACGGCGGUUUCUUCGCACUGCUCACUGAAUACUUGCCCGACACCAGCCAGCCUGUAUCCGGUUUCCAUAGGUGCAACGUGGCCGUGAUGCUGCUGUGUGAUGUGGUACUGGAUGGGGUGGAGCUGGACUGGUCUAUCCAUGUGCCGCUCAUGCUGCAUAUCGUGUUUCUGGGGAUGGACCACACCAGAUGGAUCGUACACCAGCACUGCCGGCAACUACUGCUGAACCUGCUGGUGGCGGUGGCGGCGCACCACGACCACCUCACCGUGGCGCGCGCUUUGCUGGCAGCGCGCGGUGCCCAACUCGGCCUGGGUCUGCCGCCGCCGCCGCUGCCGCUUGUGCCGCACAACUUCACAGAACCAGACGCAAUAUUCGACAACUUCGCUCAAUGCGGCCACUCUCCGCGUUCACACGUACGCUCGCUCUCGUCCGAUCCGCAAGUCACUCCUGAAGGCUCCGCGGACAACUACCCGUCACUGCCGGUGAUAGUGACGGGCGACGCGCUCGCGGACGCGGAGGCGGAAGCGGAGCAAGUAGCGGCCGAGCUGCCCGUGGCUGAUGCCAUUAAGUCGCUUGUGCACUUCCUUGCCAGCCGCCCCACGCACUUGCCGCUAUGGCAGUACGAGGACAUAACGGCCAAAGUAUGGACCCUGCGCAGUUGCCAGCAAAUGGCGACCCUCCUUCGCCAUACGCUGCGGAUAUUCCGCGAAUCAUUACCACACGCUCUCAUCUCCGAGCGAUGGGCGCAGACUGCCCUACAACUGGGCCUGUCUUGUCCGUCUAGGCACUACGCGGGCAGGUCGCUGCAGGUGUUCCGUUUUAUCGGCGUGGCUAUGACGGGUCGGAUGGUGUCGGACAUUCUGUCCCGUUUGGUGGAGACGGUGGCCGAGCAGGGCGAGGACAUGCAAGGCUACGUUACAGAACUACUCCUGACCCUCGAGGCGGCGGUGGACUCGCUCGAGUCCAACUUCCGCCCGCUCGACUAUAUGCGGGACAUAUUCAAGUCUACGCCCAACUUGAAUAACAAAGAUGGCGGACCACAGCCGAACGGCAACGCGUACGCCGCUGGUGUGUGCAUUGCAGGCAAGCGUUCGCCGGGCGUGUGCGUCGGCUGCGUCAGUAACCACACGCGCAGCACGAGCUACUCAGUGUCUUAUUGCAUGCGCAAGAGCAACCCGCCUGCCGAAAAACAACCUCAUGAAGCUCGGCCGCGCCCCUGUGAAGCUGCGAAGGGUGUGUGCUCCAACUUAUGCCGAUCGAGGUCGGCUCAGUCUCUCAAGCUGUUGGGUGAUUCAGCUACGCAGCAAACGUCCGAGAACCACCACGCAAUAUUUCAGGAUGACAAACUGACGAUCCUGGCGACGCUGUUCUGGGUGGGCGCGUCUCUGCUGGAGUCAGACUAUGAACACGAGUUCCUGCUGGGCGUGCGCUUGCUAUCGCGUGUGAUGGCUCGCUUGCCGCUGGACCGCCCGGACGCUCGCGAGCGCCUCGACCGAACCCAAGCCCACGGGACUCACGGACCCUCCUCUCUGCAUUCCCUCUUGCUGAAGGGUUGCACUCACCCGAACACGUACGAGCCGGUGGUGAGCGUGCUGGUGGACAUGAUCCCACUGCUGGAGCUGCCGGUGAUCGAUCCCACGCAGUCACUAGCCUUCCCUAUGACCGUGGUGGCGCUCUUGCCUUACAUGCUACUACACUACGAAGAUGCCAAUGAGUUGUGCGUGCGCGCCGCGUGCCACAUCGCGCAGUUCACAUCAGAGAAAAGCAAAAAGUUGGAGAAUCUGGGCACGGUGAUGACGCUGUACUCGCGCCGGACCUUUAGCAAGGAGAGCUUCCAAUGGACCAAGUGUGUGGUCAAGUACCUCUGGGACACCUACUCGCAUCUCUCGCUGCAGAUGUUGGCCUUCCUCGUUGAGGUGUUGGAGAAGGGUGCAGUGAACCUACAACUGCCCGUGCUGUCGAUCCUGCAUUGCAUGUUGUACUACGUGGAGCUGAACGCGCCCGCCGCACAACCCGUCAACGCAGACCUGCUGCGGGCUGUCGCCAAAUUCAUUGACCAAGACGGGAAUAACUACCGGGAGGCGAUGAAGAUUCUCAAACUCGUCGUGACGCGGUGCUCCACUCUGGUGGUUCCCCCGCACUGGGACCACACGUCUUCGCUCCUCGAUACCGACUUGCAUGGGAAGAAGGAACUGCCCGGCCGCACGAUGGAUUUCACGUUCGACCUGUCCCAGACGCCCGUAAUCGGGCGGAAGUACCUGCCCAAGAGCGGCAGUCAACCUGCCACGGGGCCCAGCUCACUCUCGAACGCUUCCAGCGCGACCCCGGACAAAGGGUCCUCGACGUCGGGCUCAGCGUCGACAGUGGUGGGCGCGGAGACGAGCGGCGCCAAUGCGACGGCACCGCACAGCGCCGCGUCGCCGCGACGUUCGCUGUCGCUGUCGCCCGCCGACGCGCUCGCUGCCGGCUGGAAACGACCCUGGAUGUCACAGAGCCGAGUCCGCGAAUGCCUUGUCAACCUCCUUACGACGUGUGGCCAACGCGUCGGCCUGCCCAAGAGUCCUUCCGUGAUCUUCAGUCAAAGCUCGGAGCUGCUGGAGCGCGAGUCUUCGAUGGCAUCGUCUCUGGAGGAGGUGUCGGGUACUCCGGGAAACGAACCGUCCGGCGGGGCGCCCCCGACCGAUCACUUCGGUGUCUUCAAGGACUUCGACUUUUUGGAGUACGAGAGUGAAAGUAUAGAGGGCGAGAGUUCAGACAACUUCAACUGGGGUGUUCGAAGACGCCUCCUGAGUGAGGAGCGAGAGGAAGGCGGCGCGCCCGAGCGCAGCCCACCGCCGCAUCGUUUGCGCCUCGACCACGAACACCACCACUCCAAGACGGGUCACGAGGAUUCUUCGGAUGAGGAGGCAGGCUGGGAAGAGGGUGCCGUGCGGGGGGAGGGUGAUGCGGCGAGCACGCACGAGCUCGCAUUACGCGCGCGCGCUCACUCGCUCUCCAGUGCGUCCAGUGGCGAACCUGAUGGUGAGCGCGGAGACGUGACGCCGGUGCCGAGCGCAGCGAGCGCGGCGCCGGUGCGCGACUCUUGGCGCUGCUCCGUUGCCGCGCUGCUACGUCACGCCGCGCACCUGCCGCCGUUAGCGCUCGUGCAUCGCCUGCAUACUGUCGUCAAGGAGGUUACCGCAAAGACGGUGUCGGUGAUGGGUGGCGCGGGCGGCGAGCUGGGCGCGGUGCUGGAGCGACUGGGUGCGGAGGAGCCCCCGCUGCUGUGGGCGGGUGCGGCGGCGGCCGACUGUGCGCGAGUGCGUGACGCCGUGCGCUACGCCGCGCUCGAGAUCAACGAACACCUUGAGACCUAUUUCGACCGCCGCGACCACGCGCUUGAGACAUUAGAAUUAUCCCGAAGCGCGGAGGAGACGGGGCGAUGUCUGUACAAACUGAUCUUCCAACUGCUAUUGCUUCUGGAGACAAACAACAAGAUGGUUGUCGCCGUCUACCACGCCGCAUUGGACAAUCGCGGAGUGGAGAUGAGCAGCGCGGUGCUGACGGUGCGUGCCGCGCUUCUCGCACACCUGAACGACUCGUGGGGCGAGCACUCGCCCGCGCCGCACGACGACGCGCGCCUGUUGCAGCUCAUGCAGAGGCAAAGGUGGGGUGCGGCGCUGGCGCUGGUGCGUGAGCGAAACGCGGAGCGCAUUUUAGAGCGCGGCGAGCUACCAGAGGAUGACGUCACUAGUCUCCUUCAUGUCUACUGCAAGGGCUUGGCGCAGGCGCAGCCAGACAUGGUCGCGAUAACGCGGCCCGUCAACGAGCUGUCCGCGAACCUGUCCUUCAUGAUGGAGAGCCUCUACAAGGUGUCCGUGUCCCUGCAGCGACAGGAUUUUUGCUGAGCCACCACCCCUUUCUCUCGCCCCCGCUCUCGCAUAGGAUAUAUCUUCCAGCACCUACGCUGAUCGCAGAUAACGUUGAGAACGUAUAGCUUAAGCCAUAAUCAAGCAUAAUCUUUAUGUGAUAACCUAUAAAGGUCAUAGCUCAUUAAAGCCACCAGGAACUUGACCUGCACCGCCUCGACUCGCGCGGCUAGUAUUCUUUGCUGGGCUUCUAUGCUAUGGGCAUACGCUCACCUCGUUUGAAGUUGAUGUAGUGAGCGCAUGUCCAUAGAAGUCCAUUUAAAGUAUUCAAAUAAGAAUCAAACUUCGUUUAUGUGGAGCGCACACUGCUUGCACUUGUACACUGCUUUGUAUAAAUUAUGGAGAUCAUUUGAUUUGAACGAGCGAGACGCGUGACUUGUAGAGCUUUAUAGAGCUUUGACUUUGCUCGGACUAUACUUAGAGAUAAAGCGAGACAGAGUUAUGACUUUGACAUAAAUCCGUCUCGUUUUAACUACCUGAGCAUAGGGCCGCUCGACACGUGUCGCGUGUAUUUGGUACUCGAUACUAAGAGCUGAGUAUGAGAUUUCCCAUCUCACUAACGUUGAUAAGAUUCGAGCAUCAAGGCACAAUAACGUUAGACAAUAGACAUAUAUGUGCUAGAGUUAAAGUCCAAAAUUCAUUACAAAUGAUUUUAACUUCACAAGAUUUUUGCUUGGAUCGCUGGCUGUAGAUAUAUGGACGAGUUUGACCUUUGAAACAACUCGGUUAAAGUUUAUUUUACUUCAACUCUACAGAGUAUCGAUGCUCGAAUUUUAUGAACGUUGGUAAGAUAUAAAAUCUUAUAUUAAGUACACUGAUCGCAGAUAACAGCAAGAGCCACAUGAGACGAAGUUAAAUACAUCGUUUUUUAUUACUAAACAUGCAAAUAACGUCGACAGCAGGCGCAUUCAUUGCAUUCAUUCCGUGCGUCCGAUACAACGGCUUACAGUACAGUGCAUUGCAUCUUGCGGCUCUAGCGGUAUUGUGCGAUCACCUUUUUACUAACCAAUAUACAACCCUAGCAAAAUCUAUUGAACAUACAAUCGAUAUAACUCUUUAUAUCAAAAUAAAGUUCAAUACCAAUCGAAAAUAAUGGUUGAGUUUAUUAUUCUUUAGCAAAAUGUGUGUUAAUUAUUAAUAUUACUUUAACUAAGUAUCAAUUUAGAAAAAGAAAUGAAAUGAACGAAACAAAUUCCUUAUACUAAUUUAACUGUGUAGGAAGUUAUAUUUCCUUACGGUUCCUUCUUUUCUGUUAGCUAAUUUAUUAAUUUAUAGUGUUGAAAAUAUGAAUUUAUAGAUAUGCAAUAUACGCAUUUAGUAUAUGCGGAUCUGAGGCAGUAAUGAGCAUAGGUUGGUAGAACAUCAAUGAUUUCCGUUAAUCAUGAUUGAUGGAGCAGAAAAUUAUGCAUAUUUUGUCCCGAAAAUGCAUAAGUUUUCAGAAAGGACUCGUCAUUUUUGCUCAAUGUAUCAACUGUCGUCUCAAAAGUACGCUUUAACCUUAGAUUAAGGUGACACAAACCGGUGCUUUCUUCACAAAUACGUAGGAGGGUGAUCACUACAUUAUUUGAUAUUAUACGGUCAAAAUAAAAUAUUAUAUCAAUUUGUCUCGUCAUUAUCUAGGUUUAUUGAUACAUAAAACAUUGAAAAAAUAUGAAUUUAAUGUUAUGAGCCUAUAAAGAUUCCUAUUUUAACACUUUACUUUGUGCGUAAAUAGACAAUAUUAGGAUUAUGAAAAUUUUGAAACAAUUUAACAUUAGACAAUAUAUAGUUUAUUUAUUCAUUACUUGAAAUAACUUUAUAUUGCAGACAACUCAGUAGUUUUUUUCUCAAAAAUACUUAUCCCGAACGACCGUUCAACCCUUUUGGGUGAAAAUCAUUGUGCCUCUUACCCAAAACAUUUGACCUCGCGUGGAUGGUAGAGGGAAGGGCCAGGCGGCGCAUCUUUAUACCGGGAUCUCUUUCUCACACCAUCUCAUAUCAGUAGAUAAAAAUUAUAUCCCCGAUUAUAUCCACUGAUUUCUAAGACAUCAGUGGAUAUAAUCGGGGGAUAUAAUUUUUAUCUACUGCCCAUGCUAGCCGGGCAGGUUAGGUGAAAUUGCAAACAGAUUACCAACAUGCGCCGGCAUUUCGGUCGAGCGUACUGCGUCUCCAUAAGGACUGAAAUCGUGCUUUCAACAUGACUGUUGCCACCAUAUUGAGCAAAAAUGGCGUUUACCAUACACCCCUUAAAUAUUGAUAUCGAAUCGAACGUAAACUGACCACUAUUGCCUUCAGUUCCAUGGUUUACACGUUUCCUAAUCAACACGUCGCAUUAACACUGCCUAUUUAUACUGUCCUAAUACAAUAAAAUAUCCGGGUGCGGUGCGUUCAGCGCGGUCCAAUGUGUGAUCAGCUUAAGGCCUCAUUUACACGUCAACGCUUUUUUACGUGUGAACAGAUAAUUGGGAAUACAUUUGUUCUAUUUGGACGCUUUUUUAACGGGCGUUAAAAAAGCUCUCGUGUAAAUGAGGCCUUUUCGAUAUUAAUUGUUGUAUCAAUCGGUGUCUGUAUCAAAGUUAGCACAUAAUUCAGUAUACUUGAAAACCACGCGGGGAAAACAAGGAAUAUCAAUUAAAAUCACAAAUCGAGUUAACAAUGCUAUUUAAUAGCUUUUGAGAAUACUUUUCAUCCCGUUGUCGCUUGAACAACAACCGUCGCUGUCAGUGGCUAUGUCGCUUUUACACAUCUAUUUAUUUUAUUCGAAGAAAAUUAAAUUUUACUUACUAACUUAUAAGGUAAAUAUCGGACUUUUGCAUAUAUUUUACUUUGUACUAUUUAUUACAGUUUAUUCAAAUAUAUGAUUAAUUGGAUUUCCUUGUUUUCCCGAUUGGACUUCACUUUAGCCCUAAGGAAAUAUUAUACUUGAUGCUUUACAUUAUAUAUUACGUCACACUGCAACAAACACGGCUAGCAUAGUUACUUUAAUUUCUUUCAUAAUUGAUUAGAUCAAUUUGUUUGAUGUUUAUUUUAUUUUGAUAUUAAUCUGUAAGUAGUGGUAAUCAAAUUAUAAGGUAAGCUUUUCGUUAUAGUAUAUUUAUUAUGCGUUUCAAAUGUAAAUACUCCAUCAAGUCGUCAUUGAGAAGCUUUUUUGAUCUGCUUCUAUUCUUAAAUAAUUUUUUUUUCUUUAGUAUGUUUCCUUAAAAAAUGAAAACCCCAGUGAAAAAGUUAAUACCAGUGGAAAAAGUUUAAGACCGGUUCCUCACUCAUCUGAACUAAAUCCGCAAAAAUUACGGAUAUAAAAAACUCGGACCUAAUUCGGAUGUUGCUUACGCACUAACCCGAUCUCUGAUCCAAAUCCAAGCUAUUCAGUGGGCAUCUUUGACAUAUCUACGUCAUAUGUCCGAUUUGAAUAUGUGAGAUUGAUUUGAUUUGAUAACGGAGAGAUAUCGGAUCAUGGAAAUUGGAUGAAGUGCAUUAGCUACCAUGCAAAUGGUUCUCGGAAACCACUCGGAACUUCGGAACGUAUUUUCACAAAUUCGGAUCGGAUGAGUGCGGAACCGCCCUAAUACCUUCAAAAUUAUUUUUGCAGAAAGUGUUAAAACACCAUUCCGUUAACCACCUUUAAAUUUUGAUUCCAUUUUUGAAAUGCUUCACAUUUGAAACACAUAGUAGAGACCCGCCACCGAGAAAAGAUACUCAGAUAAAGUGUGACGUAGUUAGUGCAUGACAUACCUAGUACAAGCGGCAACGGUGUUCCCCUUUAUACGCUUUAUAUGUUUUUAUGUCUAUACGCCAAGGAUAUUUUGUCUUAAAGUACGGCCACUUACAAAUCACAGAUAAUGUGUUUCUGACAGUUCGUAAGUAAACAAUAUUGAAUUUUUUUUUUAUUGACACUAAAUCAAAUUAAAAAACCGGUAAAAUUCGAUUCGAACUCAUACACGAAGGGUUCCGUACCGUCGUACAAAAUAUAACACUAUUAUGUGCCACACUGCAAGUCAAUGACGGACAGCGCCAUCUAUAUUACGAUUUAGUAAACUAAUUAUUGUUUAUUCAUCAACUCAUUUUUUUUAGAUGUAACCACGAAUUCACAGCGUUCAGAUUUUUUCCUUUACUUGUGCUAUAAGGCCUACCUACCUUUUCUUUGUCCUAUACCUUCCUUUUUUUCGAGGGGGAAGCCAUUUCGAGCCAUUCAUGAUUGUAGAUCAUGUUUGAUUCUCUUGUCUUGACAGCCAGACAGACAACAGAAGGUUGCUUUUUCCUCUUGAGUUACGGAACCCUAAAAAUUAAUAAAAUCAACCGGAUUUUUUUUGUUAUGUAAGGCAGUAUAGGUGUAAGAAACGUAUUCUCUUGGUGGCCGUACUUCGAUAGUAAUUAUAUUCAGACACGCAUCAAAAAAGUAAAACUUGAAUAAGAAGUAAGCGCUGAUGACAUUUUUUUCGAUUUGUAAAAAAUCCGUUGAUUACGGUGCGUUCAUCGCAAACAAAUGUGCGGCAUAUGCAUUCAGUCGAUGAUAUUAUAACUAUUUUUAAGAAUGAACAGACUUUGAUAAACGUAUUCUGCUAUCUAUAAGUUUCUACUACCGGGUUCAGUGUCUAUUUAACUGUAAAUUAAUGUGUUAAGGGUUUGACGAACAGCGGGCGUCGGUUUUUUAAAUGAACUGACAAAAUGUUAAAACUGUCCCCUCGCAGUUAAGGCAUGCACAGACGAGCGACAGUCCUCGGGGUACUUUUUGUCUUCCUACGCUUCGGGGAUUUCUGUCCCCCACGGACAAAAGUUCCUCACUUGCGCAGGCCCUAACUCGUACUGUAAACGUUUUGUAAAGUACUUACUCAGGUGUACUCCGAUGAAAAAUGUGAGUGUAGCUGUUGUACAAAAUGUUAAACUGUCCCCUUGCAGUUAAGGCAUGCACAGACGAGGGACAGUUCUCGGGUACUUUGUCUUCCUACACUUCAGGGAUUUCCGUCCCCCGCGGACAAAAGUUCCUCACUAGCACUGUACCUAACUCGUGCUGUAAACGUUUUGUAAAGUACUCAGGUGUACUCCAAUGAAAAAUGUGAGAGUAGCUGUUGUACAUAAUGUUAAACUGUCCUCUCGCAGUUGAGGCAUGCACAGACGAGGGACAUUUCUUGUGGUACUUUGUCUUCCUACGCUUCAGGGAUUUCUGUCCCCCGCGGACAAAAGUUCCUCACUAGCACAGCGCCUAUCUCGUACUGUAAACGUUUUGUAAAGUACUCAGGUGUACUCCAAUGAAAAAUGUGAGAGUAGCUGUUGUACAUAAUGUUAAACUGUCCUCUCGCAGUUAAGGCAUGCACAGACGAGGGACAUUUCUUGUGGUACUUUGUCUUCCUACGCUUCAGGGAUUUCUGUCCCCCGCGGACAAAAGUUCCUCACUAGCACAGCCUCUAUCUCGUACUGUAAACGUUUUGUAAAGUACUCAGGUGUACUCGGAUGAAAAAUGUGAGUGUAGCUGUUUUACUUAAAUAUUUAUAGUGUAUUAAAUUCUUAGCAUACGCACGUCGUCCAGUACAAUGCGCUUCCUCCGACUGCCCUCCUUCUAUACAAUGGAAACCUGUCGAAUGUAUAGAAGUACGUAUUAUUUUAUCUCCCAGAAGUACAUAAUCUAAUACAAUUAUUAAUAGCUCUGUGUCCAGGCCCUUCAUCCUUACCUUAGUAUUUAUUAUACAUCUUUCAAUUUCAUACCUCAAGCCGUUUCUGAGAAAAAGUUCUGGACACACGAACUUACAGAUUGAUAAAAAUUGAUCCUAAAGAAUUCAAUUUUUCCAUGAUGAGCUACGGAAUCAAAAUACUCACUUUGAAUCAGUUAUGAUUGAUAAAUAUUUUCCAUAUCAUAUGAAUUUAACCUGUCGUCUGCCAAAACCGGCGCACCGCGCGGGCGUGACAAAAAUCUAAAUUAGUUAAUAAUAAUUAUUGCUGUUAAUAAUAAAUUAAUUAACCUUUAAGUAACUGUGUACUAACAGUACAUGUUAUUGUAAUUUAAUAAAUAAUUAACUCUCACUUAGUUUUCAAAUAACUGAUCUCAACUAGGAUAUUGUUAACGCACGCGCUAUUUAAAAAAAAUACCAAAAAAAUGUAUGUUUAUAAAAAAGUUAUUAUUAAAUUCGUGUUGAUGUAAAUUGGCAAUUUUUAAAUGAUAUAGCUAUUCGUAAAAAUUAUAUAUAAUAUAUAAAAAUUAUAGCGCGUGUAGACAACCAAAUAUAUAUAUAUUUUUUUCUUAUGCAUAGUUGAACAAGCCUGCGCACAUACCGCUGAAAAGAUACAUUCUCAGGGUUAAUACCUUACCUAACCUUCCUAACAUAUUAUUUUUUUUUUAUUUUUUUGUGAAAGGUAAAACCUGCAAAGAGCAAGUAAGACUCCGUAUCUCGAAAGAAAAAUUAAUAGUUUUUUGGUUAAAUUAAUCUAUUACAAUAGCAAUAAUAGUCACUGAAAUAAACAGCUGUGACUGCCGGUCAAACAGAUAUACCUAAGGAUUCCUUUGUUACUAUUUUGGUAAGUAGGUAACCCUAGAAAAUUGUUUUAACUUGGGAGAAACUCAGAUUUUUUUGGACGAAAUUAACGUUCAACGUUCAAAAGGGUCGCCAAACAAAACAGCUGGUUUGAAGCCGCCAUCUUUAAGCAAGCGCGAAAUUCUUGAUAUGUUUACAAAAAAAAAUUUAUUAUUAUUUGCGAAAGUGCGCCUCUUAGAUACGUUUUCACGGCCCAUCUUCUUAACUAAAAUUUGAUACUAUUCAGUGAUGAUAGCAUUCCGGAAAUAUUUAGCAUAUCGGAAGCUUUCUAUUCCACAAAGUCAAAGAAUUCUCACGGGAUUUUCAAAAAUCUAAAUCCAUGCGGACGAAGAGGCGGACAUUAAUAGAAAUAAAAGUGAGAGCGAAGCGAGCACAAUUUUUUAUAUAAUGUUCACCAAAACAAAAUUGGAAAUGCAAGAAUAUACAAAAUAAUUUCUCUUUGCCUGACUAUGGCCAGGUCGGGCUCUAUCUCGUGAAAAAUAAUAGUGUUUUGAAAUUUUCACAGAAUGUGUAUUUCUAUUGCCACUUUAACAACAAAAUAUAAUAAAAAAAUUCUAAAUUCUAAAAUGCUUAUUCACUAGAGCCUUUACAAUGACCACCAUGCAAAAUUGUGUUUUCUGUUGUAUGAUGGAACGGAACCCUUCGAGUGCGAGCCCAACUCGCACUUGACGGAUUUGUUUAGUAGCUAAGCCUAAACCUUCGACUAAUUUCGGGAUGUGCGUUAGCUUUAGAUCUUUGGGAACUUGAGGAGAAUCGUCACUGGUCGCUAUUCUAUACUUAUAAUAAUAAAAUAAUUAUAUUCAAUCGAAUCCAUGACACAUUUCUUCGAAUAUAUUACCUAAAUAUACGAGAUACAUUUAGACCAAAUGUUGACAUUUAUAUGUGACUGAGUUUUACCAAAAAUAAAUCACUAAAAUAUAAGUUACAAGCGUCAUUUUACUGCGUCUUUAGGAAAAUGAAGUGUGAGACAGCCAUGAAUAACUAAAAAAGUAUUCUUGCAAUUCACGAGUGCGGAAGGCUCAUGGUUGUGUUUAAGUCGUAUCGGUAUAAGUAAAUGUGUCUGCGCUUGCUCGCGGCUGAUUAGUCCGCCAGGCAUGCACACAGUGACCAUGUUACCUAUACGAUGUUGAUCUAAACUAAUACUUAUUAUAAAGAGAAAAGAUUUGUUUGUAAUGGGUGAACUCAAAAACUACUGAACCGAUUUUAAAAAUUUUUUCACCUAUAGAAAGGCUACAUUAUCGGCGAGUAAAAUAAGUUAUAGGUAUUUUAUUUUCAAAAAAAAUCAGAUAUCCCUACGAAAAUUGUAAUAAUUUGAGUUAAUUCGGAAAAUCUGAGAGCUUCCUUGGCCUGUGCUGCGUAAAUAGUUAAAGUUACAUGAAAACAAUGUAGGAUGGAAUUAUUCCUCUUAAAAAGUCCUCAGAAAAAUUCAGCGACAGGAUAUAUCUAUCUUUUACGGUUAACUUACUACAACCUUUUUAUGUUUUCCAAAUGUGGACU